AUGGUUGUCGUAUUCGAUGAACGAAAAUACUGUGAUAUUGACCUGGAUGCCGAACCCUGCAUCUUUCUCGAUUGCGGCCAUAUCAUACCAGGAACUGCCAUGGAUUUCAUCAUAGGCUUUGAACAAUAUGAGCGUGAUGCGGACGGCAAGAUCAUUUCUAUCAAAAGCUUUCCUAAGCCUUUCUGGGAAACCGUCAUCAAAUCCUGCCAGCAAUGUGGUGGCAGCCUGCGAAACAUUGCACGAUACGGUAUGAUUAUCCGUCAAUGCUUGCUUGACGAUUCGGUCAAGAAAGUUGCUAGCUGGUCUCACUCCCGCAUAAUGGAGUUUGAACGACAUCUCAUUGACGAACAAGAGCAACUGCAGCAGUCAACGACAUCCAACGAGUAUCUCCAGCGGUUUGGAGGGCAAGGGGUUCUUCGUAUCAGUGGAAGCUCCAUCGCCCAAAUGCUGACUAUUUACGACUGGAUUGGGAACAGUCGGUACACUGCGUUUAUCGAACUUCACACAUCCAUUUACAAAUUCCUACAUGAAGUCAUACGAGAAGAACAGCCGUAUGCUUUAACUCAACACACUGGCCAGAUGGCGGGAAGUGCAGUUCGUCUAGAAAUUGAUCAGUUCAAGUUUCAGCUUCGCGGCGAAAUCAUGCUGCGAAUGCUGCUCAUUCGCUGCUACUUGAUCGUGCUGGGUGAUUUUCUGCUGCUGAAGGGUAAUGUAUCAGAAUCCCAUACGACGGUGAAAAUUAAGACAGGCGAUACGGAGAAGGAAUGUGAGCAAGUCAUCCGCAUGGCGGAAAGGCGAGGAUAUGCUCGUCAGGAAGAGGAAUGCCGCAUGCUAUUGGCGAAAUUCGUCGCCAUGGCUCAUCAGGCAAAUCACAAUAUGGGAAUUUACCCCCCUACACCAGAGAAUCGCUCCUUCUGGGACGCGAUAAGGGAAGAUUUAAAGGAAACUGGCCGCUGGCGUAGAUGUGUCCGUGGACACCCUUUCACCAGCCAGGUCAACGGCUCUAAGUGCCCAGAUUGUGGUGCGCCUGAUCAUGGAAUUACAAAUGAAUAG